AUGGCGUCCUGGCUAUCGUUUAGCACACCAACGGACAUCGAUGUGCGGCUGGAAGGGGAAGAGUCUCACAAGCAGGUGGAUGUCAGGCUGGACAAGGAUAGGAGGGAGAGGUGUCCCGUGUAUCUGGAUGGCGAACCUGUGAGGGGCACCGUGCACGUGAGGGUAAGGGAUGGCAAGCGGCUCGCUCACGAGGGCAUCAAGAUCGAAUUCAUAGGCAGUAUCGGUGAGUGCAGUGGGAGCGUUGCAAUGGAUGGGCCAAGAAACUGCUGAGCGACCGAUGUUUAUGGUUUGAGAACCUUGAACUCGAUUGCCAUCGUGCGAGUCCCGGUUGUUUGUCUCGUAGCGCCCAGCUUUGCUCGUGCACUGUAUCUCGGGGGUCAUGCCGCCGCUCCGCGAUCACGUUGCGUGUCAACAUGCCUGACAAUCCCAUUAUCUUGCUUGCCUUUUCAGAGCUGUUCUACGAUCGAGGCAAUCACUACGAAUUUCUCGCGCUCACGCAAGAACUGGCCAGCCCAGGCGAAAUUCGCAACGCCCAGUCAUUCGAUUUCGACUUUAAGAAUGUGGAAAAACAGUAUGAAAGCUACGUCGGCAUCAAUGUCAAGUUAAGGUGAGACGUCGAGAGGAGAUCCGCGACUCGCAGCUACGAAUGGACGGCAGAGAUUAGGUGCAAGGAGCGAGCUGGCGAGUGCGCACCUCGCUGCUCAGCAUGUGGGCGAGGCAGGUUCCAUUCAUCUUUGGCGCCCAACAGGCAGCCUCUGUUGGCUCCGUAGAAGAGCUGAUGCACAAGUCCGCACUGCACACCUCGCUCAGAUACUUUUUGCGGGUCAUCGUUUCGCGACGGAUGGCGGAUAUCACCAAGGAAAAGGACAUGUGGGUGCAUUCGUACCGCAUGCCGCCGGACAGCAACAAUGCCAUCAAGAUGGAAGUGGGGAUUGAAGAUUGCCUGCACAUCGAGUUCGAGUACAACAAGAGCAAGUCAGUUGAGCAAAGUCCCCCCGUGUUGAUGCCAAUGGAAAUCUGAAAUUCUGCAUUUUCGCAUGCAGAUAUCAUUUAAAGGAUGUCAUCGUCGGCAAAAUCUACUUCUUGCUCGUCAGAAUCAAGAUCAAGCACAUGGAGCUCAGCAUCAUCAGAAGGGAAACGACAGGUACAGGUGAUUUAAUCAGGGCUCAGGCUCUCUCCAACGCUUUGCUAACCCAUCUGCCUGUACCCUGCCCGCAGCACCCAACCAGUACAAUGAAUCAGAGACAAUCACAAAGUUCGAGAUCAUGGAUGGAGCUCCCGUGAGGGGUGAGUUGGUACUACCUCCCACCAUUCGAGUGCACAUGUUAUGCCUUUCUCUCUGCUCAUUCGUCCCUUCGCGCCGCAGGCGAAACCAUCCCAAUCCGGCUGUUCCUGGGUGGAUUUGAGCUGACACCGACAUUCAGAGAGGUCAACAAAAAGUUUAGCACGAGGUACUAUUUGAACUUGGUCUUGAUCGACGAGGAAAACCGACGGUAUUUCAAGCAGCAGGAAAUCACCAUCUUGUAAGUGGUUCUGCCGCUCGCCGGGGGAGCUGCUGCAUUUGCAGUCGCGAGAAUCGUAGCGGGUUGAAAUCGCUGAUCGGCUCUUCAUCUCCUCGCACCAUGCCCGGCAGCCGGAUUCCAGAGAAUUGA